UGUCAGUGGAAUCGCAAGCGAAAGAAGAGCGUAAUAGCGAGAUUCUGGUUAGCUCGAAAGAAAAAGAUGUGUUGAACUCGUCUCAAAUCCGGUGAAUUAUUUGCAUUAUCGUGUUAUUAUUGAUAGGAAAGGCAAUCGGUUGUCGAUCGCUGGGGAUCGUUCGAGCUCUCGAGUAUUUUUAUGCGAAAUUUCGAUAAAGCGAAAAAGUGCAGCGAAUCAAAGCGGCGGCUUACGUAGGCGACAAUACGCGCAUACUUGUUGCCGAUCCGAUAAUACGAAAGAAGAAGCCUCCCAUCGAGCUCGGAGCCGAUUCGCACGAGCAGCGACGCUCGAAAACAUACACAUCGGCUCACUCGCGCUCGAACGAGCCUCGUCGCGUCCACGGCCGCCAAGCUCCCGCUCGCCGUGAAAUUUCAACGGGCUCUCUCUCUCUCUCUCGUCACAGUCGUCAAGAUGAACUCGCUGCGUAGGCUGUCGCGCGUUCUGUCGCGCCGGCUGCUCGAGCGCCAGAUCCACUCGACGGCGCCGAUGGGCCAGCACCUGCCCUUGAACUUCCUCAGCGAGGACGAGCUCAUGAUGAAGGAGACGGUGGGCAAGCUGGCGCGCGACGAGAUCUACCCGAUCGUCCGGAAAAUGGACAAGGAGGGCAAGAUCGACUCGGACCUCUUGAAGAAGCUCUUCGAGAACGGCUUGAUGGGCUUGGAGGUGCCGAGCGAGUACGACGGCACGGGCUGCAAUUUCCUCACGACCAUUCUCGCGGUCGAGGAGCUGUCCAAGGUCGACGCCUCGGUCGGUGCCUUGGUCGACAUACACAACACCCUCGUCAAUUCGCUCGUCAAGAAGGUGGCCAGCGAGGAGCAGAAAAAAAAGUACCUGCCGAAGCUGGCCAACGAGUACGCGGGCUCGUUCUGCCUGACCGAGCCGGGCGCCGGCUCCGACGCCUUCUCCCUCAAGACAGUGGCGAAGCGCGAGGGCUCCGAUUACGUCAUCAACGGCACCAAGAUGUGGAUCUCGAACUCGGACAUAGCCGGGCUCUUUCUGGUGUUCGCCAACGCCGAUCCGGCCAACGGCUACCGGGGCAUCACGAGCUUCUUCGUGGAGCGCAACACGCCCGGCCUGAGCGUCGCCAAGCCCGAGGACAAGCUCGGCAUCAAGGCCUCGGGCACCUGCAUGGUGCACUUCGAGAACGUCCGCGUGCCCGAGAGCAACAUCCUCGGCGAGUUCGGCAAGGGCUACAAGUACGCGGCGGGCUUCCUCAACGAGGGCCGCGUCGGCAUCGGGGCCCAGAUGAUCGGCAUCGCCCAGGGCGCCCUCGACGCCACCAUACCCUACACCCUCGAGCGCAAACAGUUCGGCAAGCAGAUAUUCGAGUUCCAGUCGCUGCAGCAUCAGAUUGCCCAGAUCGCCAUCGAAGUCGAAGCUGCCCGGCUUUUGGUCUACAACGCGGCCAGACUGGUCGACGCCAAAAAGGACGUGAUGAAGGAAGCCGCCAUGGCCAAGUAUUACGCCUCGGAGAUCGCCCAAAGAGUCACCUCCAAGUGCAUCGAUUUCAUGGGUGGCGUCGGCUUCACCACCGAUUUCCCCCACGAGAAGUUCUACCGAGACAGCAAGAUCGGCACGAUUUACGAGGGCACGAGCAACAUGCAGCUCUCCACCGUAGCCAAGUGCAUAAGGAGAGAGUAUUCCUGAAUCAUUGACUAAAUCUUACGCAUUUUUGCGUAACUUUACUGCCACUUGUUAACGAUACCAAUUUAUCAUUGCUGCCUCGCAUUUUUCAUAACUUAUCGUUCGAGUCACCCGACCAUUUUUUCCCAAAGCUCAUUUUCAUACUUUCAACUCAUAAUUAAAACGAUGAAAUUUUCCAACCACCUUCUCUUACCUAUUUAUCUUCUUGUUAUUCAAUAAAUUUGAAAAAACA